CUGGAGUCGAAGGCAGGCAAAGGCAUCGCAGAGCGCACGCUGCCGGACUGGAAGGUGGCAUUGAAGAGGGAGCGCGAGGAGCACCAGCAUCUCCUAGCCGAGUCCUACAGUGCCGUCAUGGACCUCACCAAGCAGCUGCAGAUCAGCGAGAAGAACUGGAACCAGGAGAAAGUGGAGCUGCUGGCCCGCUUCAAGGAGGAGCAGCAGCAGGCAGAGCAGCAAGCAAAAGACCUGCAGAACAAAAUCAACCAGUUGCAGAAAGGAGCCAACCCAUGGGCAUUGAAACACUCCGAAAUGGAGAAGCACAGCAGCAACUGGAAAGAGGCUCUCAAUGAAAAAAUCACAGACAAAGAGACAAGCUCUGAAGCAGAAGCCAAGGGAACCAACCUCAAAAGGACCAAGUCCGUUUCCUCCAUGUCAGAGUUUGAAAGCUUGCUCGACUGUUCUCCCUACCUCCCUGGAAAGACCGCGCCGGGGCUGGGCGACCAUUCCCGGGGCAAAAAGGCAUCCGCGGCCGCCCAGCUGCUGCCCAACGGGAUCCGGGACAGCACCGGCCUUCCUCCCUCAAACUGUACAUAUGUGAAUAUUGAGCAACCGAAGCAAAUGCAGAGGAGCUACACGGCGCCCGACAAGACGGGGAUCCGCAUCUACUACAGCCCGCCGGUGGUGCGGCGGCUGGAAGCGCCUCUGGUGCACAACAAGGAGGGGAAGAUCAUGAUUGAACCUGGGUUCUUGUUCACCAUGGCCAAGCCGAAGGAGCCGGAGGAGUCGGCCAGUGCCGAGAGCACCUACAGCCAGUGGCUCUGCAACUUCUCCAAGCAGCAGCGGGAGCUGCUGGACGGCGGCACGGUGGAGAGCGCGGUGCCACCAGUGCCCCGCUUCCCCCCCUCGCUGCACGACCUGGAGAUCUCUGGCAACAUGAGCGACGACAUGAAGGAGAUCACCAACUGCGUGCGGCAGGCCAUCCGCUCCAGCUCGCUGGAGAGGAAAGUGAAAAGCGCCUCCAGCCAGACGGUGGGACUGGCCCACGUGGGGACACAGACCAUCCAGACAGUGAGCGUUGGCCUGCAGACGGACCUGCCGCGCGGCAGCGGCGUGCACGGCAAGAGCUGGUCCCCGCGCAGCUCCUCCCUCGUGUCCGUGCGCAGCAAGCAGAUCUCCUCCUCCCUGGAUAAGGUCCACUCCAGGAUUGAGCGGCCGUGCUGCUCCCCAAAAUACGGCUCUCCAAAGCUCCAGAGGAGGUCUUCCUCCAAGCUGGACGCCUCCAAGGACAGGAGCCUCUGGAACCUGCACCAGAGCAAGCAGAACGGCUCUGCCUGGGCCCGCUCCACCACCACCCGCGACAGCCCCGUCCUCAGCAACAUCAACGACGGCUUGUCCAGCUUGUUCAGCGUGGUGGAGCACGCGGGCAGCACCGAGUCCAUCUGGAAGCCGGGCUGCCCUGAGAGCAGCCGGGCCAAGCCUGAAGCACCCAAGUACGUCCUCGUGCAGGAGUUCUUCAGGAACGUCUGCGGGCGGGCACAGAGCCCCACCGCCCCUGCGGAGAAGAAGGAGUCCACCGGGGAGGAGGGCAGCAAGAGAGCCGAGCACCCCAGCCCAGCCACCCACCACCCGGCUGAAAACAUCUCCCGCAUCUUGAACAAGAAAGUCCUCAAGCAGAGCAGCUGCGAGGACCCCAAACCCUCGUCCCCCGGCCAGGGGUGUAAGGAC